AGUUAACGUCGCUUUAACUCCCGAAUGUGAAUCCAACUUCAGCCUCCGUCCACAGCCUGUUAUGACACCUACCGCUAGCUGACGGUCACCGGGUUCAACUGGAGCAGGGCUGAAAUACACAGAGAGUCGGAAGGGACUGCAGAGUUAGCUGGCUUAGCUAACACAACACAACACAACAAACACUCGACAAAAUGCUCUCUCGCAUGUUAUUUACCCUCAUCAACAAUCUGCACGUCGUCGAGAAGUUGGCCGAGUCUCGUCCGAUUCGCAGGGCAGCCCAGAUCACAGCCUACGCCAUCACCAAGGCUCAGAUAGCCGGCCGGGACGCGUCGGAGCGGGUCAUGCGGUCCCAGACGCUGCGGCAGGUCAAGCACGAAGCCGGCAAAGUUCCCGGUGACCUGGGAGACAUGGGCAGACGCCUCAGGAGAGUCCGAGAGACAUUUGUGAACGAAGUGAAGGAAGGAUGGAAGGACGGCUCCAGACAGAUUAAGAAAUAAAGAGGCCAGACUGUCUGCAGGACAUUAAAGGGACUGGGAACUUCCUGACAACAAAACUUUAUUGUUCUCGACACAAUGACAACAUCCAGUGUUUUUAAUCUCACCUGACUGCCUAUUAAAGAAACCAGGGGAACAAAGGUGAAAUGAUGUAUGAACUGUAACCAUCAUAAAGUGUCUUCAUGUUGGACUCGGUCAGUUCACAGUUAGGGAAGGUGGUUGUUGAUAAUGGGAGAGGUCAACACGUACCUGUGAUCUAUGGCCAGAUCAUUUAUGAUAAACUGUGGGUAGCUAAAUAAGUUCACUGUAUUCACUAGGCGUGGAAAUUUGAUGUGUGUACUUCAUCUUUGAGACAGCCUGUUAAAAAGUAGGAACUGUUGUAGAGACUUAAAGGUGGAAGUGGAUUAGUGUGGAAAGGUUAUGUGCACUUUGCUAACGUUGUCAUUUCGAUAAAGAACAGACAUCUAGAACAGCCUUGUUUUAAUAGCCUCUCUACAUUAAGUGAUGUCCUGUCAUUUCCCUCCAACGACCUACACUCAUGCAUCUAUGACACCAAUCCUGCCAAACACCUGUAUUUGCUCUGUACAUGAAGUGGUCAGUGGAAAUCCUUUCAUCAGAUGAAUGUAUACAUACAGAGAAGGAGGUGUUAUGGGUAUACAAUGGAUUCACCACUUAGUUCUGACUGUAUAAAUAAAGAUUAUAAUUUAUAACACAGCACUUUGACUGCUGGACUGUGUCAACUGAUAUCAUUUGUCACUGACAUGGGAACAGUCUGAAAAGAAAGGUUACAUAGCUGUAUAGUAAAAUUAGAAAUGUAAGAAAGUUGAAGUGAUGUUGAAGUUUGAAGCUUCAGGUCACAUGCUGUGAAUUGCAUAUUCAUAGAUACUGGGUUUUUCAGUAAGGGAGAAGGAGAAGAUGUGCUUUUAAGACCAUAUGAGACUUACAUUUAUUAAUUAAAGCAGAGCAUUUAUAAAUGUAGGCCCUUUAAAAAACAGUGACAAAUCAUCUGCAGGAACAGCAGAGUCCAAAGGACUGGAGUUCAUAGUUCACUGUGUCCAAGGUGUAACUCCUAGUUCCUCUGCUUUUGUAACUGUAGCAGGAGAAUGGCAAAGAUGAAUUUACAACAUAAUUCAAGUAGAGAUAACAACACAGGACAUUGUAUUGCUUUCUUUGAGGUUUGGUCACUGCAGUGGCAGAAGCAGAUUGAGCUGGUUGUAAUUAGCACUGCUUUUAAAUGUCAAAACACCUGCGUACACGUAGCCCAGUGGAGUCUUCAGUGUCAA